UUUGCUCUGUCGUUUGACUGUCACUCAUGAAUUCACAGGGCAGCAGCUCUGCUCCGCUUAAGCGCAUCCGGAGGAGCACAGGGAUUCCCCGCAGCUUCCUGUUGGAGGUGGACGACCCAAACCGAAAGGGAGUCAUGAUGGACGGCAGCGGCAAAUACGUCAUUCCCAUCAUAGACGCUGAGGCCUAUGCUGCUGAGAAGAAAAAGAGACCUUCCUUCUGCCAGACCAAGCCGCUGUCCUCCUCUUCCUCAGCUGGUGCAGCAUCUUCAGUCCAGGACGCCAGAGGGAAACGUUCCCGCUCCCCAUCUCCACCAGAGACGCACGGAGACCAGAAGAGACCACGUCACUGAGAGACCUUCACCCAAGAGACCUGGAGCUGACGUGAGCACAGUGUAUAUAUUGUACAUAGUUUAAGAAUAAAACCGAAUAAAGAUUAUAGCAGCAUAAA